AUUUUUUUUUGGCACGCAGCACUUCAAAUAUUCACGGCCUGGAGUCAACAGGAAAAUAUCCAUCAGUCGAAUCCGUUGCAGUUUCGGUAAUACGACACAAAGUUAAAUGCGACAAUAAUGUCUUCAGAAGUUAUUCUUUUGCUCUUAAUUUCGUCGACAACUUUUGUCGCAUCAGAUGUCUCUCAGAUAUGUGGUGAGGCGACACCAACCGCUUUAGCUGAAAAGCUUCAAGACUCCAUCGACAGGGGUUCCUUAUGGCUAGAGGCUCAACAACAGCUUGAUGGAAGUUGGCCAUUGUCAUCCACCAAAGAGACUAUUUGGGCUCUCCAGAUGGCUAACGAAAACUGGUACAGACUUGAAGAAACCACCCGCCAACUCGGAGUAAAGCAGAUUGAGAUCGAGAUACUCGCGCAACUUGCACAUAAUAACAAGGCCAAUCAUCUCUGGUCUGGGAGGAUACAAAACCGAAAACUUUCGCUUGGUAAAUUCGCUUACUAUGUAAACGCACUAAAUGCAACAUGCCAUGACGUCACAAAUUUCUACGGCCAUAACUUGGUAGAGAUGCUACAGGAGCAGAUGCAUUUAUUUCCAAGAAAUGGUUUUAACAACUACUAUCAAUACGCACUUGCUAUGCUUGCUGUCUGUAACUCUGGGCAGACGAUAAAAGUUCGCAACGUCAGGACACUAAUUAGCGGACAGGAUGAGGACGGUAUAAUUGGCUCUCACUCAGGCUUACCUGAUGAAACGGCCAUGGCGGUAAUGGCACUGCAUUGUGUACUCCGCUCUGUCAAUCACAAUAUUAGAACUAUUGUAUCCCAUGCCAUAAGUGAUGCUGAACAUGCGUUGCUGUCAUGGCAACAAGAAGAUGGCAGCUUCGGAAACAUACACAGCACUGCAUUGGUUGUUCAGGCGUUGACGUCUUCCACGAAAUACACACCAAAGCAAUGGUACUGCAAUGAUACGAUGCGCAGUCUCCUGGCUGGUCAGGACAACUCUGGUUCAUUUGGGAGUCUUGGAGCUACUGUCAGUGUUCUUCCGGCUCUUGCUGGUCAACAUUUUGGAAGACUAAAAUACCUCGACCUUUCGUGCAAACAGAAUGUUGAGAUGUCAGUUCCUAGUCGACCAACAAAUUCCAGUAUAACUUUUAAUCUGACCAUCCAAGACGAGGUGGUAGAUGAAAACGACCCGAUAACAAUUGCUCUGACAGCUCCACAAAAUACGUCAUUGUACGGAUUCAUGAGCUUGGCAGCAGAGUCAGAUCAAGAAACGUUUAGUUUCGAAUUUGGUGAAUCUUCGUGGGGGCUCUUCAUUAAGGCAAUCAACGGACUGUACAUCAACGGAGACAAGAACCAUUACUGGCUUCUUCUUGAUCAUACUGGAAAGCUUACACAAACAGGAAUGGAUAAUAUCUACCCAGAGGAUGGUGACCACUAUGUCUGGACAUACCGAGCACUUCUUUGAAAACUGAUUGAUAUACAACAAUGGGACCCUGCAUUACACUUUUAGGCAUAAAAACCAUAAUAACACUGUGAUUUUAAUUGUACAAUCCCCCAUUAUUAUUGCUAUUCCUUAUCAUUAUUAGGACUUUCAAUAUUAUUUAUAUCUUCUGUUAUCAUAUUGGUAAUUAUAUAUAGGCCUAAUAUAUAAUUUUCAUCAAUGAAUAUCCAUUUUCAUUU